CGGCACGUUUGUACUUCCCAGCGGUUAUUUCCUCUUUUGCUGCUUUUCCACUGAGAAGUGGAGCAAGCUGCUACGCUUUAUGGGUGUGAUAGGUGUACAGUUGGUGGUUACCAUGGUAAUGGCUAGUGUCAUACAGAAGAUCAUACCUCACUAUUCUCUUGCUCGUUGGCUUCUCUGUAGUGGCAGUUUACGGUGGUAUCAGCAUCCUACUGAAGAAGAGCUACGGAUUCUUGCAGGGAAACAAAGAGGGAAGAGCAAAAAAGAUAGAAAAUAUAAUGGUCAUAUUGAAAACAAACCCCUAACCAUUCCAAAAGACAUUGAUCUUCAUCUGGAAACAAAAUCGGUGACUGAAAGGGACACUAUCGCAUUGCAUUAUUUUCCGGAAUAUCAGUGGUUGGUGGAUUUCACUGUUGCAGCUACAGUUGUGUAUGUGGUGACAGAAGCCUAUUACAGUAUUGUGAAGCCCUCACAAGAAAUGAAUAUCAGCGUAGUGUGGUGUCUGCUUGUCUUGGCUUUUGCAGUUAAGGUACUGUUUUCAUUGACUACCCAUUAUUUCAAAGUAGAGGAUGGAGGUGAAAGGUCAGUCUGUGUCACCUUUGGUUUUUUCUUCUUCGUGAAAGCAAUGGCAAUCCUCAUUGUGACAGACAACUAUCUAGAAUUUGGACUGGAAUCAGGAUUCUCGAAUUUCUCAGAAAGUGCUAUGCAGUUUCUUGAAAAGCAGGGUUUGGAAUCGCAGGGUCCUGUGUCUAAACUAACCUUCAAAUUGUUCCUGGCUGUUCUGUGUUCACUUAUUGGUGCUUUUUUGACAUUCCCUGGCUUGCGACUGGCUCAAAUGCAUCUGGAUGCUCUGAAUUUAGCAACAGAAAAAAUAACACAAACAUUGCUACAUAUAAACUUCUUGGCACCUUUAUUUAUGGUUCUACUGUGGGUAAAACCAAUCGCUAAGGACUACAUUAUGAACCCACCUUUGGGCAAAGAGAGCGUCCCUUUAAUGACAGAAGAUACAUUUGACACCGUGAGGUUGUGGAUUAUAAUCCUCUUGUGUGCUUUGCGAUUGGCUAUGAUGCGUCAUCAUUUACAGGCCUAUCUGAAUUUAGCCCAGAAAAGCGUGGAUCAGAUGAAAAAGGAAGCUGGCAGAAUAAGUAUGGUUGAUUUACAGAAAAUGGUGGCUCGGGUAUUCUAUUAUCUCUGUGUAAUUGCACUGCAGUACGUUGCACCAUUGGUAAUGCUACUUCACACAACCCUGCUCUUGAAAACACUAGGUAAUUAUUCUUGGGGCGUCUACCCAGAACUGAAUUCUGACACUCCAGUGGAGAGCAGCCUGCUUCCCAAUUCAGUUUAUUCUGAGUCUCCACCUGCUGAUGGAAAGAUGAAAGUAACUGUAGUACAAAUAACAAUGGCCUUGGGAAGCCUAAAGAAUAUUUUCACUCCACUCCUGUUCCGGGGACUCCUGUCUUUCCUCACCUGGUGGAUUGCUGCUUGCCUCUUUUCUACAAGCCUUUUUGGGCUUUUCUAUCAUCAGUACCUGACUGUGGCAUGAACAGGUCAAAUGACAAAGCAAGCGUGAGGUCAAAUACUUAGAUACAAACCCAGGUACCCAGGAGGGGAUGAAGAGAAAAGAAAACUAUACAUGAAGAGAAAACAUAUCAGAAUUUUUUUUAAACACUUCCUCUGUGUUCUCAGGGUGAAUAUUCUUAUAAUGUUUAAAAUCGCAACUGGGUUUGUUAUUUUUGUUACCCAAAUGGUAGGUAACUAAUUGAAUUAUAGUAUCGGGACUGACUGACAUUAUUGGGUGGCAGGUGGUGGUGAGCGUGCUGAAAAGAUACGACCUCUGAGUAUCUUAGUUUCCAUAAACAGCAAGCCAACCUCUAAACUUUGUUUUAAGCAUCAACAGUCAGUGACAGAACUGUGUUAGAAGGGUACUGGUUAUAGUGAUGGUGGCUGCCUAUCAAUUAAAUCUUGAAACUGAGCCAUACAAUGGAAGGAGAGAGGGGAUUUAAAAAAAAAUAAAAAUAUUCUGUUGGAUAGCUAUCAAUCACUUUUCUCCAUGAAAAAUGAAAUAAUCCAACAGGACAAAAGAGAUACUGUAUAUUACAGUAAGGAAAGUUGUAUAAAAUUUAAAUUUAACAGGAAUAGAUGUAUGACCUGACAGGUAUUGCUGCCUAAAUAUUUUGCAGGAAUGCUUGUGCAGUAAGAGAGGGGUUAUAAAAAAUAUAUUAUUUCUGUCCCUGCAGUCACUUUGAAGUAAUGGCCAUCUAUAUUGGUGCUAAUAGUGAUCCACAGAUUCCAUUUGGAUCUUUUAAAUUUAUUUUCAGGUAAUAGAUAAAUUCCAUUGAAUUCACAAAAUAAUAGGAGACGAUUAGUGACGCCAAACAUUUCAAAACAAAACAGUUUAAUCCUGCUGACUGAGAGUGUAUGUGUCUGUGUAAUGUACAUAUAAAUAUAUAUUAUAUAUUAAAUAUAUAAUAUAUAUGAAGUUAUAAAAUAUGGAAUCUUUAUUUUAAAUUACUGAAUGUAUCUUACAGGGCCGUGGGAGAGGGAUGUAUGUGUAUCUAGUAAUUUCAAGAUCCCUUUUGAAAGGAAAAUUGAAUUUUUUCUGAACGUUCAGUUGAAAGGGCUAUUUGUUUUUGGUGCCUCUUCAAAGGUACUUAGCUAUACUAAAGAACUUAUGCUCUUUUGGAAGAAAAGAUCUACUUAAACUGUUAAUCUUGAAAUGUCUGCUCUGUCAGAUGAUGAUUUUUGUCACUCUAAUCUGUGUUAUCUUGGCCAUAUAGUAACUACUAAUAUCUCUUGGCUUCAGAAAUAAAUUUUCUGUAUAAUAAAACAGCUACAGUAAGGAGCAAAGCAUAAACUUUACAAGUUUUGCUUAACUGGAGAGAUAGAUUCCAAGUAUAAAACCAUUGCAAAACAAAGAGGAUGACAGUUUUUCAGAUGUUUUGUGUAAUUGCAAAACAGGAAUGGGAAUUUAUAUGCAGUAGUUUUUUUAAAAAAUUAAUACUACACUUUGCAGAGGUCAGUGGGUUUUUUAACUAAUACUAGCUGGUUUUAUGUUAAUGUUCUUUCUCUUGAAUUUGUGUACAGCUUUGGCAUAUAAUAAGCAUUUAUAAAUGGAAAAGCUUAACUAAAUAUUUAAUAUGUAGCAAACCUACCAUAUGGGAAAACAAACUAUCAAUGAAUGCAGAAAACCAAGAACUUAAGAUGGGGAUAAACUGUCUUACUGUGUUGAAUGCCUUGUAAGUUAUUUAUUAGUUUAUUAAAUUGUAUUUACUGAUACUAGGGAAAUAUUUGUGCACACCAUCCAGUACCUUCCGCAUGCAUUUGGGAUGUCUGAGAACACUUUGCAUGAUUUUACCGGUUUCAUUGCAGUAUCGUAUUUCAGUGCUCCUGGUGCUGAAAGCUUUGUUUUUUUUCACACCAGCUUUUCAUAACUAAUGGGGACAAAGGCUUAACUGUGUGAAUUCGCCUAAAGAAAAAUAUUUGACUUCUUAGAUUCAGAUCUCGAAAACAUUCCUAGUAAAUGUCUUUUGGAUUAAUAGAAUGACAAAAUACGACAGAUCCAGCAAUACUGGACCCCCUUUCUGUUAGUUCGAGAUGUAUCAUUACUAGUAGAAGUAAUAGGGCCAGCUUUUAAGUUAUAGUUAGGUAUCCAAUGUAUUUCAUUCAGGAAAAUAAAACAGUGUAGUCCAGCCUGAUUCUUAUGGUGAACUUAGGCGAAGCAGCUCACUAUAUAGGAGAUAUUGUUGCAAUCUGAAGAAAAGGAAUGAACUUUGGAUACUGGGGAAGACUUCAAAAUAACGUUAAGUAACAGAGUUUCUGUUGGCAUAGGUAUUUAUUCUGAAAGCUCGUAAGUAAAAGUGAACUGUAGUUAUAGAAUAUUGCAUUCAGCAAAGGUAAUUGUGUGUGUAGCCGAGCUUUACAGUGCUUUUGGUAAGAGCUCAUGCUGUCUUAUUCUUCAGACGUCACACUGAUCACAGUGAAAAAUAGGCACCUGGAUGUUGCUAAAGUUAAGAUCAACACUUCUGGCCAUUGCUGUUUCAUUGUUCCGCAGAACUGAAUAGUUGACCUUCUGGUCAGCCGUCUGAUCCAAGUGGGAGAUGGUCUUUCUUUGGAGCCAUUUAAUCCUUACAUGAGUCUAGGAGGCUUAUUAUAAACUAAAAUAUAGCAAUAAACGCCUUUGAAGUGUGAGGUGACAGUGAAACUGGAGGGAGUGUAUUGCUAUAGUUGUGAGCAAUGCUUCCUACAACUGUGAGAUAUGCUCAACAGUGACUUUUAAAGCAAAAUGGCAACGCUGACAGUCCUGACUUACAUAUAUAUUAUGUAAGGUUGAAAGGAGUACCUGCUCGCUUCUUUAGUAAGUUACUUUAAAACAGCAGCUGGCAACUGCUUUUUUUUGAGACCUUUAUCAGCAUCUUGGGGUGGGGCGUGUGGGGGGAGAAGCAUCUUGCAGAAAUGGAAAAGCAGGUAAAACAUGACUGGGAGAUUAGCAGUUUUAAUUCAGGAUUCUUAAGCAUUUUCUCUUGCUUUUUGCCCACUAGCUACUUCAUUUCUGAGAGAUUUUAGAAGGAAAGGUGCCUUUGACAAAGAAUCAGCUUUUCUUACUUUCUUCCUUCCUCAGUGCACAUCUCUUUCUCACUCCGGUAAUGUGACUUGUUAGUUGACUUUUUUCCUGUCUAUAGCUUUUUCCCUAUGUUCCUACACAGAACUGACUGGGCUAAAUUAAUUCAGGACUAUAUUUUGUUUUUGAAGGAUUAUUUCCUGUAAGUACUUUAAAUAACUUUGAAUUCUAGCUGAAGUAUAAACAAAUUUCUUAAUGAAUGUUUAAACACUGCACUUUUAUUAUGAAAGUCCCUUUAGAGAGAUUAUUAAGAUAGUGAUAAAUCCAAGUCUUCCAGCAACUUCAGGGAAGUCCAUACGUAACACUUGUGUUAUUUCCGAGCUUAGAGAAGUUGAUUAGGAAAAAGAGAAUGGAUUAUCGCAAGCCUGCUCUUCCACUUUGCACGCGAUGUUCUCAGUCAGCACUUGUCCUCUUCUCAACCUGUAGGAUUUGCCAGGUUUUGAGGUAUUUUUAGCUGCAUGGUUUUUCUUCUUACAGACUUCUCUUGCAUAAGAAUCAACAGAUGAAGAAAUGGGGGAAAUAGGUAGCAUCAGUACAAGGGAACAUCCUUGUGCAGAGGGACACACUUUAGAAAAUUCAUCUCUUUGACAGUUGUUCUUCACCUUCUUUGAGUCAGAAGUACUGGAAGAUUUGUGGAUAGAGAUGUACACUUGGCUUACCUGGAUUGUGAAGUCAAACUCGCCUACAAACAAAAAUGCCACCAAGAUACAUCAACACAACAAUUAGGUAGAAUACCCGUUCUGUAUAAAAUGGUUAGUGAGUAUGGAAAUUUCAACUAACCUCAAAGCAAAAUUUAAGUUUUGUAUUUUGUCACAGUAACUACAGCUAAAUGGUAAUAAAGGUCUUGGAUUUACCGCAUAGAAAAUUUAAAGUAUCUAAUCGUAAAGCUGUUGGAAGGUUCUACAAGGCAAAAGGCCUUAUGCCUCUAUAUUCUCAAAGACCUCUGUUUUCCUUUUGAACAUAGCGUAUUUCUGCAGAGAAGAUUUUUGGGCAGUUUUUGAAAGCUUCAUGCUUUGCAGUAUGACACAAUUUGUGCAUUUCUUAGCCACAAAACCCCCAGACUUAACCCCCGAGUUCAUUUUGUCACUACAAAGUUACUACAGUGUUUUAGUUAAGACUGAAGAAUUAAGUGCAUGGUGAAAAUGGGAACAUGGAAUGAACAUCAGGCCAAAGAAAAAUGUGUGUUCUCUUGGAGAAAUCUUUCCAUUGUGGCUGAGCAAAAUCUUAAUAAAAGAAGGCAACAACAGGUCACUUGUAUCCUAAAUCAAAUAUUAAAUCUGAAUGUUUACCAUUAUGAGUAAAUAAGACUGUUAUUUUCAGCAUCUGCAGCCUAAGUCCUAAAUCCCAAACAGCAAGUUAAGAGCAAUAUUUUGACCUCAUGGAUAUUUACUCUAAGGACCAUCUAGGCAACAAGUAUUGAAGCCAAAUGUCUGAUCUAGUUAAGCGAGCUGAUGCAGAGUAGUCAGUCCUGUGCUUUGGAGUGAUUUUUUUUUUUUUUUUUUUUUUGGUGCAACUUGUUCUUCAGCAAGGUCUGCCAUGCUUUGUGGCCUUGGCAGUGCAUGCACUGAAACGGAUGGCAUGUCUAAUCUCCGCUCCUAAUCCUAGGCUGAAAGGUCUUCCUCCUCUGCAGGAGGGGCCAAGAUGUUAUUUCAAGGCUGCUUUUACUGACAUCUGUAUAUGCUGCACUUAACUCUUUCGAGUCUCUCACUGUGGACUGCCAGGAGAGUAAUGCUGCACUGGACAUUGUUUUGCAUGCCAGUGUAUGUGUAUUUUUAUAACUUUGAUUUCAAUGGCAUUUUUAAUGGAAAUUAUUUUUAAUCCUGAUACCAUGGAUCAUAUUUUCAUUUUUUUAAUUAAUAUCAGUGCCUGCAACUAGAAGUCAAAUACUUCUGCACUAAAUUUUUUUUAAAACUUGAUGUCCAGACUGAAGUGUCAACAAGUAUGCAGUUUUAUAUUGAAGUGUGAAAUCCAUCUGUAAAUACCAAACUUUUUCCCCUAAGUGAUCACACAUCAGUCAAGAAUCCUUAUUCAGAUUUGCAGCGUUUCCCUCAACAUGCUAUCUGUAUGACUGCUAUUUAUAAAACAAACACCUCAGUAGAGUUUUGAGUAGCUUUUUACAAACUCCUUAGUAGUAGGCCAUUUCUGUUUAUUUUAUGAUGCUGCGAAGUAUUUUAUUUUUGAAACCUGGUUUAAAAUACCUUAUGCUUAAAGUCAACCUUUUUCUCCUUUACUCUGUUCAUUCUAACUCUGCUUCUCUUUAUUUUCUAAGCUUCAAGAAUGCAUGUUUAUAGUAUUUUUGAUAAAAACCUAGGAAAAAGAAAAAUGCACCAAAAAUUUUGUUUCAUAAGUACAGUUCAUACCCAUGUCAUGACGUGCCAACAAACAGUUUUUAAUUCUCCUGUAUUCAGUCCUUCCUUUGUCCCGUUGUUAACAAUCGUGCUGUGUUUUCAGUAUGUAAGGCUUUCUAGGAAGAAUACAUGUGGGGAAAUACUCUGUAAUAGCAAUGACAGGAAACUUUGUCUAAUGUGUCAGUCUUCCCAUUUAUGUGAGCAAAUAUUCAUGUAAAGAUGCUAUUAAAUGACUUGAGCCUAAAACUUCUCAUAAGGUAGACUUGUUACAAAUUGCACAGGGAACAUCCUCCAAGCUGUAAAUAUUUUAGUUUAAACAUGUCUCUCUGUUGCUGGGAACAUACAUAAACUCAGUGUUGUUCUGUUAAUAGCCUUUUUCUUGUCUUUUUAAGUGAAAAGCACUAAAUACUUCUUAUUCUAGAGCAAACCUAAGAACAAAAGAUUCCCCUCCCUUCAUUUCAGUAUUUGCCAAAUGGGAAAGACUCUGAUGUAAUUUAUGUAAGUUCCAGCUUCCUCUUAUUGCUAAAUUAGUGUUAAAAUACGAUUUUUGUAGUUACAGCUUUACAAGCAUUAAGACUGUCAUGCUUCACAGUGAA